AUGACUUAAAGGCGAGCACUGAACCACAGGUUCGCCACUCAGACCCACACCUUGUUCCCUGAGUGUUCUUCACUAGGUGAGGCACUUCCUAGGACCAGCGAUUCAAUCAUGAGCCCGUCUCACCCGCAGAAUCAUCUUCUGGAAAUAGGCAACAAGAACUGCUGUGUGUUCCGGGAGGAUUUCAUUGCCAAGGUGCUGCCGCCAGUGGUGGGGCUGGAGUUUGUGCUCGGGCUCCUGGGCAAUGGCCUUGCCCUGUGGAUUUUCUGCUUCCACCUCAAGUCGUGGAAAGCCAGCCGGGUUUUCUUGUUCAACUUGGCCGUGGCUGACUUUCUCCUGAUCAUCUGUCUGCCGUUCCUGACGGACAACUACGUGAGGAAGUGGGACUGGAGGUUUGGGGAUGUCGCCUGCCGCGUGAUGCUCUUCAUGUUGGCCAUGAACCGCCAGGGCAGCAUCAUCUUCCUCACGGUGGUGGCCGUGGACAGGUAUUUCCGAGUGGUCCAUCCCCAUCACGCUCUGAACAAGAUCUCUAAUCGGACGGCGGCCCUAAUCUCCUGCUUCCUGUGGGGCAUCACUAUCGGUCUGACGGUCCACCUCCUGUACAAAAGCAAGCUGAUCCAGAACCGCAAUUCAAAAUGGUGCAGUAGCUUCAGCAUCUGCCAUACCUUCGGCUGGCACGAUGCCAUGUUCCUCCUGGAGUUCUUCCUGCCCCUGGGCAUCAUCCUGUUCUGCUCGGCCAGAAUCGUCUGGAGCCUGCGGCAGCGACAAAUGAACAAACAUGCUAAGAUCAAGAGGGCCAUCAACUUCAUCAUGGUGGUGGCCAUUGUCUUCAUCGUCUGCUUCCUGCCCAGUGUGGCCGCCCGCAUACGCAUUUACUGGCUCCUGGAGAAAAAUGGCACGAAGAACUGUGAGAUCUAUCGCUCUGUUGACCUGGCGUUUUAUAUCACCCUCAGCUUCACCUACAUGAAUAGCAUGCUGGACCCGUUGGUGUAUUACUUCUCCAGCCCAUCUUUCCCCAACUUCUUCUCCUCCUUGAUCAACCGCUGCCUGAGGCGGAAGGUGCUGGAUGAGCCCGAGAAUAACCGCAGCACAAGCGUGGAGCUCACGGGGGAUCCGAGUACUUCCAAGAACGUUCCCGACACUUUAACGACCAAUCCCAGUGAGUCGCAGAGCCCCUCUUCUCUGACUCCAGCCUCUCCUUAAAACAACCAAGUCAAGAAGAGAAAGGAUCACCAAGGACCGAGAUCUCUGGAGAAGCAGUGGGGCUGGUGCACAGAUAUCAAGAGCCUUGGCCUGCGGUUUCCCAGAACUUCCAGUUUCGGAGAAUCAGAUUUAGAGAACGGGCACGGCAGCAUGGGCUGCUUGGUUGCAGAGUGUCUCCACUGGAAUCUUGGGGGAACGGAGGAUGAAGCUUCUAGGCGUCUGAAACUUCUGUUCAGUCUCGGACACUUGCAGAACUGAAGAUGCCAACACUGUCCACAUUUCUGCUGCCGGAGAGUCGGAGCCACAGAGACGCCCAUUGGCACCUGUGACUCACUGGCCUCUUUCCUUCACCUGCCUGAGACGUGGAUGGUUCUCAGCUCCUGGGGCAACGCCUCGCCUGUGUGUGGGCUCCCUCUGGGAUAAGGAAAGCUAAGUGAUUGGAGGGGAGUUAUUGCUCCUGGAGGGAGUCCAGGCAUCAUGGAACGAGCCAGUAGGUCACCUGGGUUCCAUAGGACCAAUCCAUCUUUCAGCCACAUUUUAGCAGAAACGGACCAGACAAAGAGACCCGUGAGCUUAAUAUCUGAGUCUCCAGUGCUGGUAAGAAGGCAGUUUGCCUGGGGAGGGACAUCACAGUGUUAACUAGAGAAAGGAAAUGGCAUCUAUGUUACAACCUGCAAGAAUCCAUUCCUCCCUUGUUUACACUAAUUUGAAGGUUGAGCAGUUAAAAAGGCUUCAGGGAGAGAACUGCUUGCCAUCUCUGUUUGCUUUUAUCAUUAAAAGGGAAAUGCUCCCCAAGGGUUGAAGGGGGGGCAGAUUCCUCCUGGUUCAUUUGCUUCUGUUUCUGUACUUAUAAGAAAUCUACCACUUUCAAUAAACUUUGAUAUGAGA